AUGGCUUCUGUUCAAUCAUCAGUCAUCAAUUUAACCAAAACAAUCAUCGGAGCAGGUCUCCUGGCAAUUCCUUUCGCUUUCAAAGCUGAUGGUUUGAUAUUAGGUACUAUAUUAAUUUUAAUUGCUGGUAUUGCAUCUUCUUAUGGUCUUUAUAUUGUUAGUCAAGUUAGUAAAAAAUUACCUGGUGAUACUUCAUAUUUUGCUCUUUGUGGUAUAACUUAUCCUAAAUUGACUUUGAUUUUUGAUUUUUCUAUUGCAAUUCAAUGUUUUGGUGUGGCUUUAAGUUAUUUAGUAUUGAUUGGUGAUUUGGUUCCAAGUUUAAUUAAUGAAGUAUUGAGUAGAAAUCAAGUUAUAUUGCUUAGUUUGAUUAUCAUCAUACCUUUAAUCAGUUUUAGAAAAUUAGAUUCUUUGAAAAUUGGUUCUUUAAUUGGAUUAUUGGCAAUUGGUUAUUUAACAAUAUUGGUUAUUUCUCAUUCAAUAUGGGAUGAUUGGUCCAAGAGUCAAGGUCAUGUUAAAAUAUUAGAAAUUGGUUCAAUAUCUCAAAUCCUUUCAACUUUUUCCAUUGUGGUAUUUGCAUUCACUGCUGCACAAAACAUUUGUUCUAUUAUAAAUGAAAUUAAUGAUCAAUCACAAGUUCCAAAAGUUAUCACUUUAGCAAAUUUAAUUGCAAGUUUAUUGUUCUUAAGUGUUGGAUUUGCAGGUUAUUUACAAUUUGGUGAUAAUGUUCAUGGGAAUGUUAUAUUAGAAUAUAAAAGUAAAUUAUUAAGUUCAAAAAUUGGUAAAUUUGCUCUUGUAUUAAUGGUUACUUUAUCUUAUCCAUUAAUGUUUCAUCCAUGUCGUUUAUCAACAAAUAAUAUGAUUCAUUGGAUUCAACAAGAAAUAUCUAAAAAUAAAACCACAUCAACAGUUGUUAAUGAAAGAACUGGAUUAAUUAAUGAUGAAGAAUCUGGUAUUAAUGAAUCAAAUGAUGAAGUUCCAUUUUCAACAAAUAGAUUUGUAUUAGUUACUACUUUAUUAACUUUGGGUACAUAUGGAUUAGCAUUAUCAAUUAAAUCAUUUGAAUUAGUAUUAUCAUUAGUUGGUGCCACUGGUUCAACAUUAAUUUGUUUUAUAUUACCAGGUUUAUUUGGGUUUAAAUUAUUUCCAGAUAAUGAUAUUAAUAAAUCAUUAAGUUUAAGUUUAACUAUAUUUGGAUUUAUAGUUAUGAUUGCAUCAGUUUUUGCAACUUUAUACUAUUAA